AUGAGUGGAAUGCUCCCGGACCCGCCGUCGGCACAAGUCGUCCCUCGUCCAGCGAUGAUUCGUGACGUCGAUGAAGGUAUCGACGACGACGAUGAAUUUGGAGACCCUAUUCCAACUGGAGUCGCAUUGCCGCAGAUGGUUCAGAAUGGUUGUGGAAGCGCCGCCGAGGAUUUGCGUGCGUCUGCGGAUUGGAAUCGGGAAGACUGCGGAGGGCGUGCGCAGAGGACGGGGACGGGGCCAGCGAUUGGCAAAGUGAUGGGCAGUGAUGAGCCCGGAUCGACAGGUCAAAAGUGGGUUUGCGUGCUUGCGACGUCGCAAGUUAUGGUCGACCCGAUUGCUAUUGUGGUCGAGGUAGUUCAAUUGGGAGACGGGAUGAAAGUCAAGGAUCAAGUGAAAUGGGAGCGAGGAGAUGCCCAGAGAAGAAUGGCCGAAGAUGAGAUUCUGUGGAUGCACCGCAAGCAAGGGUCUCGUCUCAUUUUUGCACACCCAGUCGCCAGGAACGCCAGGAACGUCAGGUACCAAGACGAAAGGGGCCAGUGCGAGGCCGAGGCGGCGUCGAUGUGCACGCCAGGGAAUGGCUUGGGUGCAACCCCGAGCCAACCGUGA